AUGGCUGCUCCCCCGGCACUGGGUGCCCUGGGCUUGACCUUUACCGCCAUGCGCGCCAUGCAGGCGGUUGCUCUCAUUGCCAUCAUCGGGCUGACGUCCAACUUCAUCUCGGAGAUGGUCGGGGCCAACUACGUGGCCCCGCCUGCCCUGGUUGGCACUCUGGUCGUUGCUUGCAUGGCUGCCGUAUACACAGUCAUCACCUACAUCCUGUACUGGGACUCGCUGCUCCCUCUGCUCAUCUCGACGGGCGCCGACAGCCUCUGCCUGAUUGCCGUCAUCGUCGUGGCAUGCGUGGUGGGCAAGCCCGUCAGCUACCUGUCGUGUCCGUCGCUGCCGGACUCGGGCAACACGGCCAACUUCAUCAGCUCGCUAUUCCUCAAUCUGUCGCGCCAGGUGUGGUACGAGUGGGUCGACGCGGACAAGGCGGCCUGCUUCGAGCUCAAGGCCAUCUGGGGCCUAAGCAUCUGCCUGUGCGUGCUGUACUUUGUCUCAGCCGUGGCGUCGGCCUGCCUGUGGAAGCGCCUCAAGGGCGGCAGCCGCCCUCCGCCCAAGGACAUUGAAUGA